UAAAUUUCGACCCACUUCACGAUUACAUAUCGCAUCUAAUCCUAGUACAUAUGAUAUCUAUCAUCUAUGUGUGUGGGGGCAGAGCCCAAAGCUUAGCCGUGAGAACGUGCUAGUCUUUCGAACGAUUUAUGGACUGUUUUUAAGAGAAAAAUAUCGUUAUACGCACAUUUAAGGUUUGAUUGGCGAACUUUGGAGGACAGGAGAAAGUCACAUACACACACAGGCCGAGCUCUGCAGCCGGCUUCUGGCGAAGCUAAAUAGGCUAAUGUUAGCUGAGCUGUGUGUAGGGGAACAUCAGCAGUCAUGGCCACUGUGGCGAUUCCUGCUCGCACCACUGCUCUUUUGUUGGAUAUCGAGGGCACAACCACUCCAAUCACAUUUGUAAAGGAUAUUCUGUUUCCGUACAUACGGGAACAUCUUGAAGACUACCUGUCCGCUCACUGGGAAGAAGACGAGUGUAAACAGGAUGUUCAUCUUCUGAAAAAACAGAUCGAAGAGGACAUGAGGCAAAACCGGGCGUGUCCCGUCCACGCCGUGGACCAGACGGUGCACACGGACGAGGAGAAGGCCAUCCGGGAGGUGGUGGACGACGUGCUGUGGCAGAUGGCCGCCGACCGCAAAUCCACGGCGCUCAAGCGACUCCAGGGUCACAUGUGGCGAGUGGCGUACGCGUCGGGCACAAUCAAAGGCGAGAUCUACCAGGACGUGACGCCGUCCAUCCGAAGGUGGCGAGGGCAAGGACUUAAGGUUUUUAUCUACUCGUCGGGAAGCGUGGAGGCCCAAAAACUUCUUUUCACGCACUCUGUCGAGGGCGACGUUUUAGACCUAUUCGACGGUCACUUCGACACGGCAGUCGGCGCCAAAGUAGAGGCCAAAAGCUACGAAAGGAUCGCCGAGAGGAUCGGCUGUCCGGCGGAAGAAAUCACCUUCCUUACGGAUGUCACGCGAGAGGCCAAAGCGGCGGAGGACGCCGGCGUCAACGCAGUGGUGGUGGUGCGGCCGGGGAACACCGAGCUGACGGAGGAGGAAGCGGCGCACUACCGCGUCAUCACGUCAUUCGGCCAGCUGGAAGUGACCGGCAGAGCUUAACUUGAAAUCACCUCAAAAAUUGUACUUUUUUAAAUUUGGUUUUGCAUCUGAAAAAACCUCAACGUUGGUUGUGAAAUUUGUCCCCAAUGAAGUCUUACAGUAAAAAUGUGCCAUCCUUGUGACUUUGUUUAUCUUCACUUUCUUCCUGUUUAACUGAACAUCUAGUGGCACAAAUUUACUGCUAGUUAACUUGUAAAUAAAUAUUAUGAAUUGAAAA